AUAUGGGCAAAGCCAGGCAGAGCUCGAGCUGCGGCCGCUUCCGUGUUUGUGUGAUUGGGGAGGGUAGCGCACACAGCCUUAGAAGCGGCUCUGUCUCCACUGUUUCAUUCAUUAGGAAGCGUAUUGAUAAGCAAAAGGCCUGCAGGAAAAAUGCCGUAUGAACUGAAACAUGUUUUUGCCAGUCUCCCACAGAUGGAGAGGGGGGUGGCAAAGGUGAUUGGAGGAGAUCCGAAAGGAAACAACUUUCUGUACACCAAUGGGAAGUGUGUCAUCAUAAGGAACAUUGAUAACCCAGCUAUUGCAGACAUUUACACCGAGCAUGCUCAUCAAGUUACUGUGGCCAAGUACGCCCCCAGUGGUUUCUACAUUGCAUCUGGAGAUGCAUCAGGAAAGUUGCGUAUCUGGGACACCACCCAGAAGGAGCACCUACUCAAGUACGAGUACACCCCUCUUUCAGGGAAGAUCAAGGACAUCGCAUGGACAGAGGACAGCAAGAGGAUUGCUGUAGUUGGUGACGGGCGAGAGAAGUUUGGUGUUGUGUUCCUGUGGGACUCGGGCUCUUCGGUGGGAGACCUCUCUGGCCAUUCAAAAUUAAUCAACAGCGUAGACAUCAAACAGAAACGCCCUUACCGCCUCGCUCUCGCCAGUGAUGACACCUGUGGAUCCUUUUUUGAGGGACCUCCCUUCAAGUUCAAAUUCACAUUAAGGGACCACAGCCAGUUUGUCAACUGCGUCCGUUUCUCUCCAGAUGGAAGUCGAUUCGUCACAGCUGGUGCUGACGGCCAGAUAUUUGUCUAUGAUGGAUCAAAGGGUGAACUCAUUGGAUCUCUGGGAGGAGAGAAGGCCCACAAAGGAGGAAUCUACGCGGUCAGCUGGAGCCCUGACAGCUCCCAGCUGAUCUCUGCCUCCGGGGAUAAGACGGUGAAGCUGUGGGAUGUGGGUGCAGCUACGGCUGUCACCACCUUCAACCUGGGCUCUGAGGUGACCGACCAGCAGCUGGGCUGUCUGUGGCAGAAAGACCACCUCAUCAGCAUCUCUUUGUCUGGUUACAUCAAUUACCUGGACAAGAACAACCCUGAUCGACCCCUACGCACAGUCAAGGGUCACACAAAGUCCAUCCAGUGUGUGACGGUUCACAAAAGUGAAGGCCGAUCGUACAUCUACUCAGGAAGUCACGAUGGUCACAUCAAUAUCUGGGAUGCAGAAACCGGACAGAACGGCUGCUUCUCAGGGAAAGGUCACGGCAACCAGGUGAGCAAGAUGGUGACCGACCAAGCCGGACAUCUGGUGACGUGCAGCAUGGAUGAUACGCUGCGUUUCACAGAUCUCACAAAGAAGGAGUACAGUGCCUCUGAUGUGGUGAAGAUGGAUUUUCAGCCCAAGAGUGUGUCCACCUCAGUGGGAGGGCUCUCUCUGGCCGUGUGCAUCGGCCAGGUGGUUUUGCUAAAGGACAAGAAGAAAGUCUUCACAUUGGACAAUCUUGGUUAUGAACCCGAGGUUGGAGUCGUCCAUCCUGGGGGCACCACUGCCGCUGUGGGGGGGGCUGACGGGAAGGUCCACCUGUACUCUGUUCAGGGCAACACUUUGAAGGAUGAAGGAAAAACUCUCGAGGCCACAGGGCCCAUCACCGACAUGGCCUACUCGAACGAUGGAGCCUAUCUGGCUGUCCUUGAUGAGAAGAAAGUUGCCAAAGUCUUCAUUGUGGCAGAUGGAUAUUCAGUGAAGAAUGAGUUCUACGGACAUCAUGCCAAACCAGUUACUUUGGCGUGGUCGCCUGAUAAUGAGCACUUUGCAACUGGUGGGAUGGACAUGAUGGUGUACAUCUGGACAGUCAGUGAUCCUGACCAGAGGAUCAAGCUUCCUGACGCCCAUCGUUUGCACCACGUCAGCGGCCUGGCUUGGAUCGAUGAGCACACUCUGGUCACCACCUCCCACGAUGCCAGUGUCAAGCAGUGGACGGUUAAAUACUGAGCUGCUGGCAAACGUUCACUUCUCCAGGGACAAGGACUACUGUAGGAUCUGAGCUUCGGUUUUGUACUGUUAAACAUCCCGACGUUGUUCUCUGCUUUCUGUAAACAUCUGAAUUGUAAAUGUUGUUAUGGCUUCCAACAAACUGUUUGAAUGUUCCUAACCUAACUAAAAAAUAAAAAUAAAAAAGGCAGCAAGAAGCUGAAAUGUGCAAUGUAACCAUGAGUUCUUUUACUGCUCUUCAUGGACCCGCAAACAGAUUUCUAGGCAUCAUGUAAUCAUUCCAUAGUUCUCCUCGUCUGUGGUCGGGAUCGAUGCAUCCUUUAAUUGGGCAGAAUAUGUAAAAGUAAUGAAACCUGUUGGUUACAUUCCUCAGGAACGGUAACUCGUUUCAGCUGCACAUCCCUUCCGUUUUCCCAAAUGUCAGGGGUUGGGUUUAUUUCUUCCUGUCCUAAGUUUCUACCUUUUUGAUUCACUACUCUUCCUGUCUGGGAAUAAGAUCAGAACAGAAAUUGCAAUCAAAAUGCUGUUUUUAAUUUUCAGAGGUCUUGUAAUGUUGUGUGUUUGCCUGUUUCACUUAUGUUCUCUUUAUGCUUCUGCUUCCAAGGUGGAAGUAGUUCAUUAGUAAUAAAAUUAACUUUUUAUGCA